CGCCAUUUUGAUCUUGUUGCGGGAAACAACAGUCUAAACACAGACCCUGAGACCUGGGAAAGCUGUGACUGAAGCCGUGCAGUGUGCCACGUCAAACACUGCAGUUCGGGGGCGUGCUCCUUUGUUUGAAAUGAUGUUUGCGGUAUAACUUUUGGCAAGCUCACAAGCAAAGCGGUCGGAAGUUUUGGUCGGAUUGUGGAGGUACGAUCAUGCAGCACUCUUCAUUUUUCUGAAGAGGCCUGGGCUAGGCCUAUAAUGCCAGACUUACUAAGACUAAGAGAUCUCUACGACUCUAGACUACGGUAAUUUGCAGUAGAUGUUGAAUCCCCUGGAAUGGGAACAGCUGAUGCCAUAAAACCAUGAAAGCUCUGCUGCUCAAGCUACUGCUUCUCUUGCUGUUUGUGGUCCUGCUGUUCCUGGUCCUGCGGGCACUGGAGGCAUUUUCCUGGUAUGAGACGGGCCUGGUGAUCUCACAGAUAGUGGACCCACUCUCACUAAGUGUGCGCAAGCUGAAGGUCUUGCUGGACGGCCGCGGCAUCAGCUACGAUGGGCUGGUUGAAAAGCAAGAGCUCACAGCACUCAUAGGAGCCUCAGGUGAUGUCAUGGAAGGGGAGCUCCUCCUAUUGGAGCGAGAGAACCAGGAGGAGGCUGUGCAGAGUACCAGCUUCAGCAGUGGUCCCCACUUCUACGAGGAGGUUGAAGACAAGAAGGAUAGCAUCUGGCUCAUUCAGGUCAUCCCAAGAGGUCAUGUGCCUUUACUGGACCGAGACACGUGGAAGACAGUGGUAAAGAAAGUAUUUCACUUUGGAAUUCGGACUGGAACUUUUGACUGUGCCCGUGACAAUAGAUUUUGCCGACAGAAAGGAUGGACCCAUCCAAUACUCAUGCUUGCAAUGCCCGAGGGAUUGAACCAGAAGGACAAUGUUGUUAUGGCAACCUACCCAUCAAGCAACCUCAAGGCUUCCAAGGUCAUCAAAUGGGUCAGCACAAGGCUGGGCAACACAGUCCACCGGGUCAAUGAGGAAAAACUAGUCAAGGAAUGGCUGGACGCGUCGCAGACCCAAAUGACAACGCCCCCCAUCAAACUCGUUCUCCUCUCUGAUGUGGAAGACGUGGAAGCCCCUCUGUUUUUCUCUGCAAUCAGCUUGAAGUAUUCUGGACGGGUCAAAUUUGGGCAAGCGGUCAUCCACAAGAGCACGCGAGACUGGCUGUCAGAGGAACUGAAUAUCAAACCUAAAUCGUCCCAUUAUUUGGUUGCCACCCAUGAGGGGAUAAUUACGUAUGGGAUGCGCGACGGGGAGUACUUAAACCAUCGUGCCAUGGAUGUGUACCUUGGAAUGCUCUACCCACAAGCCAAUGAUUUCUUUAUGCUUUCCUUUCUGGCUGGCAACAUGCUGUGUGUCCUGGAGUUGGUUUUGAAUCAAGGAGAGGUUCUAGCCAAACGUGUGUGCCAAUUUCUCUGGGUGUGGGCAAAGUACAAUGCAGUACUGAUAAUGAUGUGGCUGCCCUUGUUGGCGCUGACUCAGGUACCCUUGCUUGACCCAGUAUUUCGUUUUUGCCAAAAGGUGCUGCGGCUAUUGUGCCAAAUGACUUUGGCGUCACAGUUGAGGUGCCUUUGGAUCAUGCAUGGCCACCGGGGCAGUUUGAUUGUUGCGUCAUUUUUUGUAUUCUGUGUCAUCACUGGCUACGCUAAAAGCUGCUGGCAUAGCGGAGACACCACGGGAGGACGUAUGUCGAGCAGUGAAUGGCUGCAGAGCACUGCUGCUUAUUACUACAACAUGCUGGUGCGACCAAGUCCUGGAUACACCCGGGUGUUGAUGAGUAACGCUCGGCUGGAAGAAGGCAUGAAUUGGGACCGAAUUCUCAACCAGGCCAUGUUCCCAAACAUGUUUCUGCUCGCUGACGUCUCGCAGGAUUACUUGAGAGAUCUGCCGACAUGGCGCUACCGCCAGCGUGAGAUUGCAACCGAGUGGUCGUCAACUGGCAAGUGUUGCGCCUGCUGGCAUAGCUGCUUCUCUGGCACAGAAGAGCACCACCAGGAAAACUGCAGGCUCUUGCAGGAGUAUUUUAGAAACCAAGACAAGGAACAUUGUGAGAGCAAAAUGGGCGGAAAGUACGGGAAAAGAUGUAAAAGGCACCUAUGUACAAGAUGCCUCUGUACUCUUGUCAGAGAAUUCAAACAAGGUGAGCCUUUUCUGGUCACCAAUUCCCGUGAAAAUUCUGAUCCUUCACAAAAGAUUGGCCCCAACAGCCCCCUUCAACCUCAAAAUAUUGGUAGUAUCUCUAUAGGCACUUGCAGUGCAAACUUAGAAGCCAAAACCGUAUUACCCAAUGAUGAGUCUAACUCAAUUGAAAAAUCCAGCCAUGAAAAUACAUUGCCUGAUGAUAAAGCGUCUGUUGAAAGCAAGGGAGCUGAUGUACAUGUACUAAGUCUGAUGUGUGACUGUGAAUUCGCUUUGAAGAAAAAAACCGAUCUUGGCUUGGAUGUCAAAUCGUUGUAUGACCCCUGGCCAGAGAGCAUGAUGGAGACUCUUGAAUGCUCCAUCUGUCUCGAGCCUUACAUGCCCGGGGUCGAGCUCUGUGGCCUACCAUGUGGCCACGCCUUCCACCAGCAUUGCAUCAUGGUCUGGCUUACCACCAAUCUCAAUCACUGUUGUCCAAAUUGUCGUUGGCCAGCCUAUAAGAACAAAGGAUCCAAGUUGUUCAAACAUAAAGAGUAACUAAGGAACACAUGCAUGUACAUUCAUGACUGUCUUCACAUUGUUCUCAUAUCAAAUUAACCCCGACUCCUAAGUACAGUGUAGUUACAGAUCCUCCUGAGUUAAACUUUACACUCCAGCAAUUCCUUUGGAAUUUCUCAAGUAUUUUUAGCCCUGCUGCACCUAUAAAGUUGAAGUACAUGUACUUUUAUCUACCCUCAAAGGUUUUGAAGUCCAGUAUGCUAGUAAAAAAGUAAACCACCUUAGAAAAAGAGGCAUCACUCAUUUUAACAUUUUUAUGCUGACAAGCCUUUAAUCCUUUGAAUUAAAAUGAAAAUGUGUUGACACCAUGAAAGUUUAUCUUGGUAUAGUUGUCUGGAUUGAGUUUUAGAUUGGAAUGUCAAGGAAAUAACACUUCUAGAAAGAUGCAUUCAGUGAUGGUACUUUAUCAUUUGUUUAUCUGAAUGUACACGUACAUGUGUAAAUCCCCCAACUUAAUAGUGCAACAACCAUGGAUUAAUCGUUUGACGAUAAUUUGACGUCAAAUUAGCUGAAUUCAGAUAGGGAUGUGCAACUUGGAAUUUUGGUUCUUUUCCACAAGAUCCAGUUGUUGGUUUAAUAAGCUACCCAAGAUGUCUUGGGCAAGUUGAGCCAAGUCAUUCAGUUCCUUACUGGGACCUAUGUGUUUCCUGUCCUGAGUUAAUGUAGGACCCAUGCUAAAAUACUUUGGUCAUAAUACACAUGUACUUAUGGCUACAGACAAUUGCUAAGUUAUGUAUCUGAUGGAGGUGUUUUCAAAGUUAUAUUUUUUGAAAGUACUUUAAAAGCUCCAUAUCCCAUGGGUGAAUCGUGCUUAAAGUUUAGAAAUUGAACACUUGCUAAUAAAUUUACGUUGUGGAAAUUCAAUUUGAGUAAAUUUUUUACCUGAUGCAGAGCCAUACAAACAGCUCACAUGGAAAUUUUUAGCUUGUAUAAGUUGCUGAAGAAAACUCAUUCACAAACUUCCAGCUUUUCUCUUCCAGUGGUUUUACAAAUGCUGGUGCGAUUUCAAAGUUUUCUGAAUCUGCAGUAAAACUUGAUGUCUCAACCGAAGACGCAGCAAGUUCAAAAUAUUUUCCCUUUUUUUAUAAUUGCCAAAGUCGCAUAUGAUUAGACCAUCACUUGAGUCAAAGUGCAUUUUGAUUGCAUGGUGAAAUCACUUCUAUGUUUUUUAGCCCAUUAUUAAUCGACCAAUCAUUAAGCAGUAUCAUUGUAUUGCGCAUAAUUCUUUACUAUUCAGCAACGUGAGUUUAAAAGUAUUUUCGUAGUACAUUAUUUGAAUUAAAAAUAUGUUAUUAUUUUGUGUAAACAUUUUAUUUUUCAAAUACAUACACACUGGAACAGUAUCUGAUGAAGAGGGAAUUAGGCAUGCGAGUGAUAUCUGACCCACCCUUCCAAAUUCAGGCUAAAGGCUUCUUAGCUACAGGUAUUAUCUGGACAAUGACACCAGUAUACAUAUGGACAUUGCAAAUGUCACAAUUUUCACAGUCCAUACAACCAAAGCCUUAUGCAGACAACAUUUGCAUUGUGGAUCACUUUAAAACAUGACAAUGAAUGGUUGGGAAGAGGAAUUGUCAAACAUCAAAAAUUACCUUCUGCCUGGAUUUAAAAUUGUGGAUCACUUAUUUCAAUAUAUUUUAUUGUCAAGUAUCAGUUUUCUUCCUUCAUUUCCAAAUUGGUAGACCCCCCACCUGUCAACUUCCAAAUCCUACCGACUGGUGACAAAAUAAAAUAUGCCACUUGCA